AUGAUCAAGUCGUUGUUUACCGUCGGCGUCCUUGCCGGCAGCUCCCUGGCAGCUCCGGCACCUGCUCUGAACGUCGCUCGCGGCCUCACUCCCUCUCCCGACGGCUCUUGCGGCGGCACUACUGGUUACACAUGUGCUGGCUCGACAUACGGCUCGUGUUGCUCGCAAUACGGCUGGUGUGGUAGCGAGUCCACAUACUGUGGCACGGGCUGCCAGUCUAGCGCCGGUACCUGCGGUGCUACUACGACAUCGAAGCCCCCUGCCACUUCCAGCUCGAAGCCCACCUCCACGCCCACUAGUGGCGCCUCUUCGGGCUUGACCGACUGCUUGGGCGAGAAGGACGUGCCCAUCAAACUGACGUCUGAUGCCGACUUCUCCUCGCUCGCUAAGCCCUACAACCUCCACCUGCCUUACACCCCGGCUGUCAUUGUCAUCCCCACCACUGUCCAGCACAUUUCCGAUGCCGUCACCUGCGCCUCCCAGAAUGACAUCAAGGUUCAGGCCAAGGGAGGCGGUCACUCUUACGCCUCUUUCAGCUCUGGCGGUAAGGAUGGCAGCAUGAUCAUCAACCUCCAGGAGUUCCAGGAUGUCACUCUUGACGACCAGGGUAUUGCCAAGGUCGGUGGUGGCUUGAGGUUGGGCAACUUGGCGCAGACCAUCUACGACAAGGGCAAGCGUGCUCUCUCUCACGGAACCUGCCCUGGCGUUGGUAUCGGUGGUCACUUCACUCACGGUGGCUAUGGUUACGCUUCGCGCACCUGGGGUCUUGCCAUGGACCAGAUCGUUGGCCUUGACGUUGUCCUCGCCAACGGUACCGCUGUUCACGCAACUGAGACCGAGUACGCCGAUGUUUACUACGCUCUUCGUGGUGCUGCCGACUCCUUCGGUAUCAUUACUUCUUUCUACCUGCAGACGCACGAGGCUCCCUCCAGCGUCGUCUACUUCGCGUACAGCCUGCCGGGCAUGUUCUCUGAUGCCAGCAAGACGGCCGGCUACUUCCAGCACAUCCAGGAUGUCUCGCAGAACUCCUCCGUCAUUGACGCCAAGGUUGGCGGCAUGGGCAUGUACAUGGACGGCUACGGCUUCUCGCUCUCGGGUUCCUACUUCGGCUCUCUCGACGACUUCAAGGCCAAGGUCGCGCCUGAGCUUCUCCGCGGCCUGCCCACGCCCACGACCUCGACCGUCGAGUCCCUCGGCUGGAUCGACCUCCUCAUCAAGCUCGGCGGCGCGUCCUCGCUCUCGACGCCCAAGACCGGCUACGACUCGCACGACAACUUCUUCGCCAAGUCCGUCACCGUGCCUGAGAGCACUCCCCUGACUGCCGACGCCCUGAACUCCUACUUCUCGUACAUGAUCCAGCAGGGUCCCUCUGCGCCCGCCUCUUGGUACUCGAUCGUCAACCUGUACGGUGGUCCCGGCUCUGCCGUCAACGAGAAGGAUGUCAACUUCGCCGCCUACAGCGACCGCAGCAGCCUGUGGGUUGCCCAGCACUACAUCUUCACCGGUGCCGACGAGACCCUGCCCGGCGAUGCCAGCCACCAGUGGCUGCAGGGCCUGAACGACGCCAUGACCGACAAGAUGCCCAACGCUGAGUUUGGUGCCUACCUGAACUACGUCGACCCUAGCCUGAGCGCCGAAGAGGCUCACAAGCUGUACUACGGUGACAGCUUGGCCCAGAAGCUGGUCGGUAUCAAGAAGGAAGUCGACCCCAAGAACGUCUUCUGGAACCCCCAGGCGAUUAGCGCGUAA